CGGCGCUCCGCCUGCUGCCGGGAGAUUCCCGUGGGGAGCCGAGGCGAGAGGUGGUGUGCUACGCUGUGCUGUGGGCCAUGAGUGCGUGAGAGCGAUAGCGCAGUGUCUGGGAACGAGAGCGCCUGCGGCCACUUCCAGGGAAAGAUGCCACAGACACCUCCCUUUGCAGUAAUGUUUGACAGCAGCGGCUACAACAGGAACCUGUAUCAGUCAAAAGAAGACAACUGUGGAGGGCUCUGCUAUCAUGACAACAAUCUCCUGUCUGGGUCUCUGGAAGCUCUUAUUCAGCACUUAGUACCCAAUGUCGACUACUAUCCUGAUAGGACGUACAUCUUCACCUUCCUUCUCAGUUCACGUCUGUUCAUGCAUCCAUAUGAGCUCAUGGCCAAAGUCUGCCACCUGUGCGUUGAGCAACAGAGACUUAGUGAGCCUGGCCUGGACAAGAACUGGAUGCAAAAAAUUGCACCGAAAAUCCUACAGUUAUUGACUGAAUGGACAGAGACUUUUCCUUACGAUUUCCGAGAUGAAAGAAUGAUGAGGAACUUAAAGGAGUUGGCACAAAGAAUAGCCAGUGGGGAUGAGAUGUAUCGGAAGAAUGUACAGCAGCUCCUCCAGAACCUGAUCCGGAAGCUCGCUGCUGUCAGCCAGUACGAGGAAGUGCUCGCAAAAAUCGAUGCCACAUCCACAGAUCGCCUCACGGUUCUGAAGACCAAGCCCCAGUCCAUCCAGAGGGACAUAAUCACAGUCUGCAAUGAUCCCUACGUGUUAGCUCAGCAGCUGACACACAUAGAGCUUGAGAGACUCAAUUAUAUUGGACCAGAAGAAUUUAUCCAGGCGUUUGUGCAAAAGGAUCCUUUGAAUAAUGACAAGAGCUGCUAUGGAGAUCAAAAGAAGACUCGGAAUCUCGAAGCCUAUGUGGAAUGGUUUAACAGGCUCAGUUACUUAGUUGCAACAGAAAUCUGUAUGCACGUGAAGAAGAAGCACAGAGCAAGAGUGAUAGAAUAUUUCAUUGAUGUGGCACGGGAAUGUUUUAACAUUGGCAACUUUAACUCCUUAAUGGCUAUUAUUUCUGGCAUGAACAUGAGUCCUGUGUCUCGAUUAAAGAAAACCUGGGCUAAAGUGAAGACAGACAAAUUUGAUAUUCUUGAGCAUCAGAUGGACCCUUCUAGCAAUUUUUAUAAUUACCGAACUGCUCUGCGUGGAGCCACUCAAAGGUCCCUGACAGCUCAUAGCAACAGAGAGAAGAUCGUGAUACCUUUCUUCAGCCUCUUGAUCAAAGAUAUUUACUUCCUCAAUGAGGGUUGUGCCAAUCGUCUUCCAAAUGGUCAUGUCAAUUUUGAAAAAUUUUGGGAAUUGGCAAAACAAGUCAGUGAAUUUAUGACAUGGAAGCAAGUGGAGUGUCCUUUUGAAAGGGAUUGGAAGAUUCUGCAGUACUUGCUUACUGUCCCAGUCUUCAGUGAUGAUGCACUUUACUUGGCUUCCUAUGAAAGCGAAAGUCCCGAGAAUCACAUUGAAAAGGACAGAUGGAAGACACUAAGGUCAGCGCUUCUGGGCAGAGUCUAGUGCACAAAAUGUCUGGUGUUGCUGCAUUAUGUGGAUUACCAAGGGGCACGGCUUGGUUUAUUCUUCUGUACACUGAGUGGCAUUCAAAGUGAUGAACAAUGUGCAAGUCAGUUGUGAUAGUGUGUCAGCAAAGAUGAAAGAAGUUUAACUCAAGAACAAACAGGCAGCUUCUCACAUCUGACAGAUGAGAUAAAAUCACAGCCCACUCAGCUGUGAUUCAGGCUUAAGUAUUGAUUGAGAACAGUGCUGACAGAAUCCUUUGAAGAUCUCAGAUGUCACCUAUGAAUCAUUUCACACCUGGAUGGAAUAUUCUUUCCUUUCAUUUUUGCUGGAGCUUGCUGCUAUGAGGACUCUGCCGAGUUUGCAGCAGAUUACAAAGGGAAAAUAUAUUCACCAUUCCUUUCAGUGAAACCCAAGCCUGCAUUGAAGAUUUCCUAUUCCUAAUAAGCUGAAUAUAGCCCAGAAGUUUGCCUGAUUGGGAUUGCUGAGAAGGGAAAGGACUGGACGCAACAAACUGGCUGCUGAGGAGAGUUUCUCUCCACCACUAUCAUAGUGGCUGUGGUUUUUUUCUUUUUCCAGUAUGUUUUUGAGUUGGCUGCUGGGAGGCAAACUCAUUAUUAUUGUAAGUUAUUUAAAAAAUAUAUAGUAAUAAAAAUCAAGGCUGUGGUAGAAAAUACACCUGCUAUAAAAAUAUAGGACUUAUGUAGCUCUGCAAUUUCUAGGGAGGUUGUUUCUUUUGUUCACUUCUUUACAACUAACCACUUCAUGUUAUGGACAUUCUUAUUUUUACUGUAUGGUAUGGUUUUGUUCCUAUAAUUUUCCAUUCUUGACUUUCUUCUUGUAUUAGCUUGAACAAGCUGACUUUUCUAGAAUAGUCUUUGAGAAACUGGUGUACAAACUGCAUUGAAAUAUGAAAGUAUGUUUUCAUUGAGUAAUUUUUAUAACUGCUCUUUUUUGAAACGCUGACAAUGGAGAACACAAUCCACUUUGACUGAAACAGCAAGAUG